AGUGUCUAUAAUCAAGUAAAGAAAAAAUAUUAAUACAUUAAUAUAUCAUAUAGUAAAAAUAAGAUGAAUUAAACAUAAAUUUAAUCAGUAAAAAAAUUAGGUGAAAAUAUCAUGAUUAAUACUUGUAUGAAGUAAAUAUUAAGUUUUAAUCUUUCAUAAAAGAAAAUAAAAAAAAAAAAAAGUUUAAAUCAGUAUUGUAAAGGUAAAUUCCAGUUUCUACAACAUCUACUCUUUCUCCACGAAGUUCUAGCCGAUUUCAGAACCUUCCAUAAACUUCUUGAAUAAGAACCCAAAACGAAUCUACCUUCCUCUUCCUAAACUUUCCAGAAAAUUAAAUCUUUCAAAUUAAUAACCCCAGAAAUCUUACAAAACCUCAGAAAUCCUACAAAUCAAACCACUAAAUAAGGCCAAAAAAAAAAAAAAAAAAAAAAAUGUUCUUCUUUUUCGUGGGAGGAGUAGAACAGCAGGUUGGGCAAGUCCUCAAGUCCGGAAUCAGCAAGUGCAUUAACUGCGGUUCCAAAGCUGAUCUUGUUCAAUACGACAACGUUUUGAAGGUGUUCUUUGUACCUGUUUGGAAAUGGCCUGGUAAAAAACCUCUGCUUCAUUGUAACACUUGUAAUCUGUUUUUUCCUGAGUCUCUCUCUCUUCCUUCUACUACGACGUCGUUUCCACCGCCCACUAUCGAUGUUUCAAGGUGUCAAUCUUGUGAUCGUGUUGUUGAAGCUCAUUAUCGCUUUUGCCCCUUUUGUGGUGUUUCUUUGUAAAUGACUUUUUGUGUUCUUGUUUGAGUUUUUGAUUAAUUAGCUACUAAUUUUAGUACUUGUAUUUUUAAUAAAAGGUUAAUCUUAGUUUGUUUUGUUAUUGUUGUUUGCUACUAAUCAUAGCAAUUUGAUAUCGCUAGCACUUGCUUGGA